GGCUCGGGUGGUGCCGGCUCCCGCCUAGGCUGCGUUCCGGCCUCUGGGCCGUCUGUCCCGCCCUCAGCCGCCGCCGCCGCCGCCGCCGCAGCCACAGCCUCCCCUGCCCGGCGCCAUGGCCGCUGCGGCCGGGGACGGCGCGGUGAAGCCGCUGCAGUGUGCCAUGAAGCUGGCCAACGGGGCCAUCGAGCUGGAUACCGGCAACCGGCCCCGGGAGGCAUAUACGGAAUACCUGAGGAGCAUCCACUAUAUCUCCCAGGUGCUGUUGGAAGAAGUGGAGACAACCAAAGAAGGUGGGGAAACUGUGGCCCCGGACACCUCAAAGAUGCUGAAGCUGGCCGAGCAGUGUCUGGAGAGGGCCCAGUCAACAGCUGCCAAGCUCGGGAAAACAUACCUGAAGCCAGCCAUGCCCACGGCUGCUCCUGUCCCCUCACCGGCCAGCCGACAUCGCCGGGUGUACUCAGAUGAAGGGGGGAAACUCUCUCCCUUUCUGCCGCCCGAGAUCUUCCAGAAGCUUCAAGUGGUAGAGUCACAAAGUUCUAAGAAGGAGCUGACGCCCCUGCAGGAAGCCUCUCUGCAGAACCAGAAGCUGAAGGCCGCCUACGAGGCCCGGAUGGCCCGUCUGGACCCCAGCCAGGCCCUGCAGAAGACCUCCCUGACCCUGUCCCUGCAGCGGCAGGUGAUGGAGAACCUUGUGAUCGCCAAAGCCCGGGAGGAGACCCUGCGGAGGAAGAGGGAGGAGCGCCGGCUGCGGCUCCAGGAGGCGGCCGACAGGAGGUUCUGCAGUCAGGUGGCCCUGACCCCGGAGGAGCGGGAGCAGCGGGCCCUCUAUGCCGCCAUCCUCGAGUACGAGCAAGACCACGACUGGCCGAAGCACUGGAGAGCCCAGCUCAAGAAGAGCCCGGGGGACCUGUCGCUGGUGACCAGCCUGGUCUCCCACCUGCUCAGCGUUCCCGACCACCCCAUCUCGCAGCUCCUGAAGAAGCUCCAGUGUGCCGUGUACCGGGCGCUGUACCCCGUCGUGAGCAGGGGCGCCCCCGGCUGCUGCUCCUUGUCCCCAGACGCCGACGGGCUGCGGGCUCCUGGCAGCCGGCGGCUCCGGCCCUCGCAGAGCCUCUACUGCGUGCCCUCCCCCGCCGAGCCGGGCCCCGCCCCUCGGCCCCCGGACGGCCCCCACGGCAGCCCCCCCACGCCCCCGCCGCCCGCCGGCCCCCCCGAGGGAGGGGCGGACGGCGGCCCCGCCGGGCCUGCCUCCCCCCCGGCACACACCCCGCCGGGCGUGCAGAGCAGACACAGCUCCUUCGAAGACCUCGAACACUUCUUGGCCACUUCUGAGGGGUGGGGCCGGGGGCGCGGGAGGCCGCCUGAGCCCCAGGCCUCGGGGGUGAAGACGGAGCCGUUGUCGGAGCAGCUGAAGAGUACCGUCAAGGACAUACACAACGCCAUCGACAGGCUGCUUUCGCUGACUCUCCUGGCUUUCGAAGGCCUGAAUGCGGCCGCCUCCAAGGACCGAUGCCUGGCCUGCAUCGAGGAGCCUUUCUUCUCCCCACUGUGGCCCUUGCUGCUGGCACUCUACAGGAGCGUGCACCGCCUCCGGGAGGCCGCCCUGAGCAGGAGCAUGGAGCUCUACAGGAACGCGCCCCCGACGGCCAUAGGCGUUCCCACGAAGCUCCUGCCCCGGGGCCUGGAGGCCACAGGAGCCGGUGCCUUCCCCUACUGUGCUGCAGCCCAGGAGCUGGGGUUGCUGGUUCUGGAGAGCUGCCCCCAGAAGAAGCUGGAGUGCAUCGUGCGGGUCCUGCGGGUUAUCUGUGCCUGUGCCGAGGGUUACUGCCGGGCCCAGGAGGCCGCGUCUGAGGCCAGACCCCAGCUUGGUGCCGCAGCCAUAGACUGCCGCCCGUGGGCCCCUUGGGCCCGGGUGUUGUGUGUCCUGCAGGGCCUCCCUUGGCACCUUUUCAGCUCCCUUAGAUGCCUCUUCCGGAGGAUCGCCGCGCCUGGCUCCGAUCCCAGCGGUGCCGACGACCUGCUGCCCAUCUUGUCCUUCGUGGUGCUGAGGAGCGGUCUCCCCCAGCUGGUGUCAGAAUGCGCAGCCCUGGAGGAGUUCAUCCAUGAGGGGUACCUGAUCGGAGAGGAGGGUUACUGCCUGACGUCACUACAGAGCGCCCUGAGCUACGUGGAGCUGCUGCCCCGGGGCGCCCUGGGCAAGUAGAGCAGGACAGGGCUUGCGGAGGACCACCAGGAGUCACCUGCUCUGGGGGGGGGGGGGGGGGGGCGGCGGCAGGCCGGCUGCGGCGGGGCUCUGCAGCUCUCACUCGUGCCCCGACCGGACGUCUGCCCCAGGGCCUUGAAGAGGCCCCUGUGCUCUUCAGGGGAUAGAUCUGAGCUGAAUCAGCUCCUGGGAGCCAGGCCCUUCUCUUUCCUCAGCCUGACUUUGUGCAGGGAAACCAGAGCUGUGGACUCCCCUGGGGCCUGUGCACCCUCACAGACCCAGCCACUCAAGGGUAGGGAGGGAGCCGUAGGCCUGGCCGAGGGCAGGUCUGCUUUCUCUCCCUUCCCAUCUCCUGUGACAGCCAGCUUCCGGUGCCAGUUUCUUGUUGGGGUCAAGGAGAGAGCCGUCCCCAUCCCCUGCCUCCAAGGCCUGGAGCCCAGGUGGUCUGAAGCUAUACUGUUUACUUACGGGGCAUCGAGCACUCCCCUCUCCUCUGUAGCCCGGGCCUCCCCAGGGUGCCCACCCGCGUCUGGGGCCUCUGAGCUGUGCCCUCCCUCGGCAGUAGGCAUUGGACAUCCUGGGACCUCUGGCUGAUUCCCGCCCCGCACGUCCCUUUCCGGGUCAGCGUGAAGCCGAGGGCCAGCGCCUGCCUACAGCGCAGCGUCCGCUCUGUUACAUGCCCCGGGCGGCCACUGACACGGCCAGAAAUAAAGAGGUCACUGGUGUCUC